AGAAGAGUGCUCAGGUGGAUAUGACCUGCAGGCUGAUCGACCAGGAGAUGCAGGGGAUCGGUGGGCAGAAGCUGGACAUGCCCAGCUUGUGUUCGGCAGAGCUGUGGAGACGCAGUGAGCGCUGGGACCUGAUGGGGAAAGAGCUGUUCCGCCUGAGGGACCGCCACAGGGCAGAAUACUGCCUGGGCCCCACCCAUGAGGAGGCUGUGACAGAGCUACUGGCCUCUCAGGGAACCCUGUCCUACAGGCAGCUGCCUCUGCUACUCUACCAGAUCACCCGCAAGUUCCGUGAUGAGCCGAAGCCUCGGUUUGGGCUUCUACGCGGGCGGGAGUUCUACAUGAAGGACAUGUACACAUUUGACAUGAGCGAAGAAGCUGCAUGCCACACAUAUGAAUCUGUGUGUCAGGCUUACACCCGCCUUUUCUCUUGGUUAGGCCUGUGCAUUGUCCAGGUCCACGCUGAUACAGGAAACAUUGGAGGUAAACUCUCCCAUGAGUUCCAGCUCCCCGCAGACAUUGGAGAGGACAGGCUACUGGUCUGUGGUAGCUGCUCCUUCUCUGCCAAUGUGGAGACCAUGGAACCAGGCCAGACAGACUGCCCACAGUGCCAGGAGGGAACGCUGGUGAAGUCUAAGGGCAUAGAGGUAGGCCAUACGUUCUACCUAGGCACCAAGUACUCCCACAUAUUCAACGCCACCUUCAACAACACCCAGAACAAGCCUGCUGUCACUGAGAUGGGCUGCUUCGGGCUGGGUGUGACCCGGAUCCUCGCUGCUGCCAUCGAGGUGAUGUCCACGGAGGAGGCAAUCCGCUGGCCUGGGCUGCUUGCCCAUCAGGUCUGUGUUCUGCCCCCUAAAAGGGGCAGUAAGGUGGAUGAGGUGGCUGGUUUAGCUGAGGAGCUGGCCCUCAGUCUGGGGGAGGCUCUGCCUAGGCUAAGAGGUGAGGUGGUUCUGGAUGACCGGACACAGAUGACCAUUGGUAAGAGGCUGAAGGACGCCAGUCGGCUUGGAUACCCGUACGUGUUGGUAGUGGGGCAGAAGGCUGCCGAGGAGAUGCCCAGGUUUGAGGUGAUCUGUCAGCAGACAGGUGAGACAACGUUCCUCAGUAGGGAUGGACUUGUAGACCUACUCAGAUGUGUGGAGACUGAGUUGCACUGAUCUUGA